GGCGCGGAGCGGAGCGGCGGCGCCAUGGGCACCACGGCGGGGCAGCAGCUCCGAGCUCUCUUCUAUGUGCUGUCGCCCGGCGAGAGCGCGUUCCGCACGCUGGAAGAGGUGCCCGACUACGUAGAGAAGUUCAGUGUUUUAUUCAGAAGUGUUGACCUAGUUAGUUACAUCUAUGUAUGGAAUAACUACAAACUCUUUGAACUGCCCUGGGACUCACCGUGGACAUGGUAUUUGACAUUUCUGGGAGUGGACUUCGCAUACUACUGGUUUCACCGCAUCAGUCAUGAGGUUAAUAUACUGUGGGCAGCGCACCAGGUACAUCAUAGUUCUGAAGAUUACAACUUGUUCACAGCCCUGAGACAAUCCUUUCUACAAAGAUACACCUCCUGGAUGUUCAACUUACCCAUGGCUCUUUUCAUUCCACCAUCAGUGUUUGCUGUUCAUCUGCAAUUUAAUCUACUUUACCAGUUUUGGAUACAUACAGAGGUUGUCACUAACAUUGGUCCAUUGGAGUGGAUUCUUAAUACUCCUAGUCAUCACAGAGUUCAUCAUGGUAGAAAUCCUUACUGCAUUGACAAAAAUUAUGGCGGCACACUCAUUAUCUGGGACAGGAUAUUUGGAACAUUUGAGGCAGAAGAUGCUAAAGUUGUAUAUGGCUUAACACAUCCAGUAAAUUCAUUUGACCCCAUCCUGCUCCAGUUACGUCCCUUGGCUCGUAUUUGGAAUACAUUUUGGGCCACACCUGGAUUCUGGAAUAAGCUUUCUGUCAUAUUCAAAGGGCCAGGCUGGGGACCAGGCAAACCUAGACUUGGCCUUCCUGAGGAAAUCCCAGCGGUCACUGGAAAUGAAGUUCCCUUCAAUCCAAGUGUACCAGCUUAUCUUAACUGCUACGCAGUGGUACAUUUUGCUGUAAUAACGGAGUUGUAUAUUGAUCUUCUUGCUACUGUGACUACAUUAUCACAGGAAAAUAUUCUACUGAGAAUUGCCAUUAUCAUUCUAUCCCUGACCUCUUUUGGAUUUCUUAUGGAGAAAAGACCCAAAGCAGGAAUUUUGGAAAUCAUCCGCUGCUCAGUCUUCUUAGGAGUAUACAAACUUGGUUACUUAAGAACUCAACUUUCUUUGUUGGACUACGCCUACGAAGGUUUAUCCUGUAUUUUUUAUGUGAAUAUUCCUGUAGAUUUCAGUAACACUACUACUCUUAAUGAACGUAAAUCACUCCAGUGGGGAUUUGUUGUGAACAGCAGACUCAAUCCUGCAUUCAGUCCAUUAGCUAAGGUCUUGUUUUCCCUCUGCAUUGCAUUCUGGGGAAUUCAAACUAUGAGCCGGAUUACUUCAUCUAAAGAUAAAUAUCUCUGAAAGAGCAAAUAUGACACCACUUGAAUUAUGGAAACAAUGCUUUGGAAUAACCUACGUUCCUUGGAAUUAAUCAGCUAUGACUCCUACUGAAUCAUAGUCAUUUUACAUAUGAUAGAAGGGGUUUGAUUUCAUUUGAAGAUUUGAAAGAUUCAUUGGAAAGUGAAUUUAUUUGAUUUUUAAAAUAUUUAAUUUACCUCUAUUUAAAUAAAAUGUUCAUUCAUAACAUAUAUUUUUUUUCAAAGUAUCACUGUGUCACAGAAGCCAUGUAAAACUAAUAGGAUUUUUCAGUAUGUUUAUUAGUAGUUAACCAUAUGUGAAAAGUAUUUUCAGAAUAGAAAUAUUUAAAAACAUAUUUGUAGUAAUCUGGUAUAAAGCAACCAGCUGAUAUAUGAAUAUCAGUUUUUCCAUAAGGGUCAUGGUUUGGUGUUCCUAGCAUACAGCUACUUGAGGAUGUAUAGUUGAGGCAAGACAAUUAUUGAAAACAGCAUGAUAAAAUAUCUCAAAAUAGUACAAGUUGAAAUAUCUUCAGGGAAGUUGACGGAUAUAUGCAUUUUAUAACACAGGCUUUCAGUUUGGACUGAGUUAUUUAAGGAGUACACCUGCAAUUGCCAACCUUAGAUAUGAUCAAGCCAGCACUUGCACACAAGUAUCCCAUUGACUAAUGUUACUCACAUGACAAAAUAUUUGCAAGGCUGGGCCCUUAAUUCCUCAUAAUUUCCUGUGGAGGUGAUCUCAGGGGAGAUGCACAUCUUUCAGGAGCUGCUGGAAAGAUGGUUUCUACUAAGAUAGGAAAAUUAAAUACAAAUGGUAAAGGGAGUCUCCAAACAGCAGGACUGGCAAAAAUACUGGAGCUAGGUUGUUUUUCUUUCCUUGUGCUCUUCCAACUUCUACUUGGCUCCAGAACUUUUAGUAGUAUUUAAAGUCAAGUAGCUAAAAACUGCAAGCUCUCUUGCAUGCUUCAAGCUAGCAAUAAUACUUGAAUUAAAAAUGGGAUUCUUUUGUUUUUCUUUUAUUCCGGUUUCUUUUAGGAUAGUAAGGGCAUUCUAACCAACUUCACGUAUGAAGCAAGCCUAUUUUUAAUUAAUGCACCUUUUCAGUCUUAAGCCAUAAAAGAUGGCACAGACUAUGUAACUGGAUGUUUCUGGUAAGUCGUCAUUCAGACAUUGAAGUUAUAUUAAUGAAAUUGCAGUUUUUUUAAGUCACUCUGUAUUUAGAUCAAGUGACUUUUGCCCAUCACUUUAGAGUCUGAAAUGUUCAACUGAGGAAAUUAGGUGUUUGUUCAAUUAGAUGUACUAAGAUCUGGGCUGCAAAGUAAGGAUGAUACCUUCUUAACUUUAAGGCAUGUUUAAAUGAAAGAUUUACUUGUGGAUCAUCUUCACUGUAAAUAAUGAGAAGAUUAAAAAAAAAAAAAAAAGCCCCAUGAAAGCAAUAAAAGUAAUUAUAUUUAAAGUACUUAUUGAAAAGUUUAAUUUAAACAUUUACUCAUAACCUGGUGUAAGUAAAUGUCCAUUUAAGAAAUGAGUAGAUACAAUUGUGUACCCCUGAAUACAAUCUCAUGAUUAACAUAUUUGUGCAGCAGCCAGGAGUUCUACUGUUUUCUGACCAAAACUUACCAUAUCUUUGCCUGAAUUUUCCCAUCUGUGGGAUCACAGUGAUGGUAGUAAUGAUUGUGUCUCUUGCCAUAAUUGAAGUAUGAAAUUUGGAUUGUUUGAAUAAAAAACUAUUAGAUAUUUAAGAAAAUGGCAGAAUCUGAUUCCAGAGGUACAACAUGAUCAACUAAAGUUUUAAUUUACUUCCGAAGUUGUACACCUAUACUUUAAAAAUUUGUAACAGUGACGUCAACAUUACCUCAAAAAAAAUUGAGGUGAAUUUAGUGACAGUAGUAUAAUAAACCGAAAAAUUAGUUAA